CUGGCGAUUUUCAAGUUCACAGUUUCUGAAGGAACGAAGGUGGUGAACUUAGGAGAACAAAUAACGAAAGAAAGGCCCUUCUUUGGCACACUAAUUGAAGCUAGACUUUGGUUUUUUUUAAUUUUUUUGAUAAAAUUUUUAAAAAAUAUUUUUUUAUUUUUUUUUCACAUUUUGAUUUUCUCCCGUAUCCAGGUAAAUUCUGCCGGAGUCCGAAAAUUAGGAAGGAGUUUUUACGUUCGUAAUUUAGAUAGUUUCCCCUACCCUCCAUAGCAGCACAAAAAGUUUUUCCAGCGAAGAUUCUGUUGGUCAAAAUUUGUUCAGAAUCAUUCAAUCAACUUGAUUUUGGUCUUAUUCAACUCAUCUCGUCGAUCCCUUUCGAAUGAGCUAUUUUUUGUUUAUUCGAAUGUUUCGCAACAAAAAUUCCCCAUGGAAUUCCACCAAAAAAUCCACCAUUUCGAGCCCCAUAUCUCGGCGAGAACUUGUUCAACAAUGUUGAUUUUCGUGUCAUUCGACUCACUACUUUCGAAUGAGCUUUCAUUCAAAAAAUCUCUCGAUAUCCCUCCUAAUCCCCAAACCCACAAUAUCCAUCUUAAUCUCUCCGAAUUUGUUGAUAUCUGCCUUAAUUCAACCGAUAUCCCCGCUUAAAUCUACUUAUAUCCCUUGAUAUUCACCAAUAUCCAUCUUGAUACCUCGAUGUCGCAUACAAGUCCCCUGAUAUUAACAUUAAUCCCUCCAAAUCCCCAAAUAUCCCUCUUAAUCUUUUUUAAUAUAAUUAAAUCCACGGGGACUCAAUUGAGGUAUAUACAACGGGGACUCAAUCGUGCG